AUGUCACGACUAGCAGAUUCAAUUGCAAAGAUUGCGCUACCUGUUGGUAUCGCCAUUUCCGCCGCACAGUACUCCAUGUAUGAUGUGAAGGGGGGUACACGGGCAGUUAUUUUUGACCGUUUGAGCGGUGUUCAACAGCAAGUGGUGGGUGAGGGAACCCAUUUUCUAAUUCCAUGGGUGCAGAAAGCCGUGAUGUACGAUGUAAGGACGAAACCCAAGAACAUUGCUACAAACACGGGCACCAAAGAUCUGCAAAUGGUGUCGUUGACGCUACGGGUUCUUCACCGUCCCGAUGUGAUGCGUCUGCCCCGUAUCUACCAGAACCUGGGGUUGGACUACGACGAGCGUGUGUUGCCCUCAAUUGGUAACGAAGUGUUGAAGUCGAUUGUUGCGCAGUUCGACGCGGCAGAGCUGAUCACGCAGCGUGAGACGGUCUCGCAGUACAUCCGCAAAGAACUGUCCGUGAGGGCGUCUGAAUUCGACAUCAAGCUCGAGGACGUGUCGAUCACGCACAUGACUUUCGGUCAGGAGUUCACCAAGGCCGUCGAGAUGAAGCAAAUCGCGCAACAGGACGCGGAGCGGGCCAAGUUUUUGGUUGAAAAGGCCGAGCAAGAACGGCAAGCGUCUGUGAUCCGUGCCGAGGGUGAAGCAGAGUCGGCGGACUACAUUUCCAAGGCACUAGCGAAAGCUGGAGACGGCCUAUUGCUGGUCAGACGUAUUGAGGCGUCCAAGGACAUCGCACGGACGUUGGCCAACUCAUCUAACGUGACGUACCUUCCCACAGCGCAGUCGAGCGCGGGCAGUGGCGAGAGCCAGGGCACGUCCAACUCGCUCCUUUUGAACCUGGGCCGCUAG